AUGGGUUCUCACCCACAGAGCUACAAGGCGUAUGCCUUCCUUGAGAAAGGCGGAGCUCUCAAGCGGGUCAACGUCCCUUGGAAUGACCCAGACGCGGGACAGGUUGUCCUCAAGGUUCUCGCAUGCGGCAUCUGUGCCAGUGACGAGAUGGUCAAAUACCAGAUCUUACCGGGUGUCGACCAUCGUGAUUCAGCCAGGUUUAGGGCUGUCCUUAUCCCAUAA